GAGGAUACUUGGCGUCUGGUCUCUGCGAUUUUUUCCUUUAUGCUCGCGUGAAUCUGAGUAUUCCCCAUGGAUUGCCUGGGCUUUUCCCGUUUCAUACCCUAUGUUGUGGCAUAUAGAUGUAUCAUUUUUUCGCUCCCCUCCGUUUAUAUUUCGAUUCUUUCAUUUUAUUCUCUUCCACAUACCCCUAUUGUUUGUGUUGCUUUACACAUCACAUCAACGCCAGUCUCUAUUACGUGGUCCGCGCUAGACGCGAGAAAUAUCUGGGCAUAGCGUUUCUCCCCAGUUUCACGUUCCCGUCUUCUUUUUCUUGUGUUGUGCUAUUACCUAUCUUGCCUCUUUCCUUGUACAUUUCGUGUACGGCCAUUUGAUAUCUCACCCUCUUCCCCCAUGUGGGAGAAACACAGCAUUUGCAGGGCUACCGAUUCAUUGGUCAUGUCA